AGAACCAUAUAAAAUCCACGCCAACCUCAGGCUUUCUCCCCCCUCCCCCUCCUCUCUCUCUCUCUCUCUCCUUGUAUAUAAACCCAACUCUCACCUAAAAUCUCACUUACUUCCAUUUUCCCGCCCACCUCUCAAGCAUUGCAAGAACUCUUGUUCUCUUCCUUAUGGUUUUUCUCCCCCACAAUAGCAGGUAUUCCCCGUUUGGUUCCCGAGAAAGUGCGAGAAGCAGCCAAAACUAAUGAUAAUUACAAAAAGCUCCGCUUAACUGAUCCAGAUAGUCAAAAAGCACCACUAAUUGGCUUAUUUGACCCUUCGAAUGACGUUUCGCAUUGUUCCGUUCCUCGCGAGAUUUCUAUCCUUCUUCCUUCUGGUCUCUGUGCCUUUCCCUUGCAGGUCUUCAAGCAAUGAAAGCACACAUAUGGAGAAAACAUUGGCUAUGAUAAAACCAGACGGAGUGUUCGGCAAUUACACUGAUAGGAUAAAGAAUGCCAUUUUGGGGUCUGGUUUCAGCAUUUUCAAGGAGAUGAUUGUUCAGCUUGAUGAGGACAGUGCAGCAACCUUUUAUGCUGAACAUUCUUCAAAGAGCUUCUAUUCUAGCCUUGUCAAAUAUAUGACGAGUGGUCCAGUGUUGGUUAUGAUUUUAGAGAAGGAAAAUGCUAUUACUGACUGGCGUGCUCUAAUUGGGCCAACUGAUACGCACAAGGCUAAGAUUACUCAUCCUCACAGCAUCCGAGCAAUGUGUGGGCUAGAUUCGGAAAAGAAUUGUGUUCAUGGUUCAGAUUCUACUCAAUCAGCUCAAAGAGAGAUCUCCUUCUUCUUUAAAGACAUGUUUGCAGGUGGAGUAGCUACUGAACAUGAUGAACUGUAACUGGUACAAGUCUCUUCCGUCUUUACGUGUACAAUUUUCCAAAAGGAUAACUGCACUGCCAAUUCCUUAAUGGUGGUUAAGCCAUCUGUUGCUAAAAGUUGUAGACUUUCUUUGAAGUCCUCUAUGAAACUGUUUAGGUUCUUGUGAUAUAAACAAUAAUACGGGCUUGUCAGUGGGAUCUAUAGGUUAUUUUAAGAAUCUUGAAAUGUCAGGUGAUACAUAAAUUCCAUUGUUUUGGCGAUCCAGGCAUAACUGCCAUCAAGAUUCUACUUUUA